AUGGCUUCGAUAAACAUCAGACUUCUGAUCUUCCGAAAAAUCGGUUACCCUGGAUCUGUUGGGGACAGGGGGAAACCUGGUCAUAUGGGAGAAACGGGAGAGAGAGGCAUUCAAGGACUUCCAGGGACUCAAGGAAAGCCAGGCCCCAAGGGUCCUCCUGGUCCCCCUGGUGAGAGAGGCCCUCCAGGACCACAGGGUCGAACUGGAGAACCGGGACCAAAAGGUCUUUCUGGAAUAGAUGGCCUGCCAGGAAUCCCAGGCCUGGAUGGUGAUAUGGGAAGGCCUGGACCACCAGGAGCAGUGGGACCUGCUGGACCAGUAGCAGCAACCGGACCUCCAGGAAGUUUGGGCAAAGAUGGACCAGAAGGAAUUGGAGGAUUUCCUGGUGAAAAAGGUGAAAAGGGUGAAGUAGGAGAGGCUGGCCACCCUGGUAUAUCUGGACUGGAUGGGGAGCAGGGGUUUCCUGGACCAACAGGUGUUGAAGGCCAGCCAGGAUUUAAAGGAGAACAGGGUGAUCCUGGCUCCCAAGGAUUAAAAGGGGCAGAUGGACCUCCAGGAGAACCAGGAGAUGAAGGGCCAAAAGGUCUUCCUGGAGUAGUUGGAGAAUCAGGAAAAGAGGGUGAUGUUGGUGAUCCAGGUGAUGUUGGAAUCCCAGGACCUGUAGGAGAGAAGGGUGAUCCUGGACUUCCUGGCCCUAAUGGGUCACCUGGGCCUUUUGGAACUAUGGGAGAAAAUGGAGAAAUGGGACCAAAAGGAGAAAAAGGCUAUGCUGGCUUACUGGGACAAGUUGGAUUGAUUGGCUCUGCAGGCCCCAUGGGAACUAUAGGAGUAGUGGGAACAAUGGGAAUUCCAGGGUCUGAUGGACCAGACGGCCUUCAGGGAGAAAAGGGAGAUCUAGGUGAAUACGGCAUCUCUGGCCCACUUGGAACUUCUGGUUCUGAGGGUAUUCCAGGGCCACAGGGAGAAAAGGGAGAACGUGGGAAGCCUGGACCUGAGGGUAUUGCAGGGCCAACAGGAGAAAAAGGUGCACCAGGUUCAAAAGGUUUAUUUGGAUCAGAGGGUCCUAAAGGGGAAGUUGGUGAAAAGGGAGAGAUUGGUCCACAAGGUCCUCCUGGAGCCUCUGGAACUGUUGGAUUGGCAGGAUUCCCUGGGCCUGAGGGUACCCCUGGAGAUGCUGGGAAACCUGGAGAAGCAGGAGAACCAGGAAAACCAGGUUCUCUGGGUGACCCUGGUGUGGAAGGAAGAAUAGGAAACAAGGGAGAAAAGGGCAGUGAUGGGCCUGAAGGUGAUCCUGGUGUCCCUGGAAAUCCUGGAAAAAUAGGAAGAAGAGGCAAAGCUGGUCCAAGAGGGCUAAGAGGACAAAGGGGAGUUAAGGGUUCCUCAGGCACUGUUGGACCAGAAGGGCUUCCUGGUCCCCAAGGACCUUAUGGCAUCCCUGGGCUAAGAGGUCAAAAAGGAGAUGCAGGACCCAAAGGACAGAAGGGCGAUGAAGGCAGUUUGGGACCUAUUGGCCUUCAAGGAGAUGUUGGAUUUAAGGGCAAAGAAGGGCCAGAUGGUGCACCUGGGAUUCUAGGUCCAAAAGGCGAACAGGGUGCUAUUGGACCACCUGGGCCACCAGGUAAACAGGGCUUACUUGGAAUGCCAGUGAGUAGCACUUCACUUUCAUUUUUAUUGUCCACCAACUUGAAGAUAUAA